AUGACAGUCUCCAACACCGUUACAACAGCUACUCUUGGAAAGGGAGGUCCAGUAGUGAAUCGUCUUGGAUUUGGUGCUAUGGGCAUGUCUCAAUCGUACGGCGCUUUUGAUGAUGAGGAAUCUAUCGCAGUCCUUAACCGUGCCAUCGAUCUCGGCUGCAACUUUUUCGACACUUCAGACGUAUACGGCUUUGGAGCGAACGAAAAACUCUUGUCCAAAGUGCUCAAAACCAGACGCAAUGAAAUCUUCUUGUGCAGUAAAUUCGCAUUCCAGAGAACUGACACUGGAAUCACCAUCAACGGGACUCCUGAAUAUGUCAAGAAGGCGUGUGCCGCUUCGCUUGAACGUCUUGGCAUCGAUUCGAUAGAUCUUUACUACCAGCAUCGUGUAGAUCCAAACACACCUAUCGAAGACACAAUGAAAGCCCUCAAAGAUCUUGUCGAAGAAGGCAAAAUCAAGCAUAUCGGACUGAGUGAAUGCUCUGCAGAAACUUUACGCAAGGCCUACGUUAUUCACCCUGUUGCUGCUGUCCAAGUUGAAUUUUCACCAUGGACACUCGAUAUCGAAACAAACGGACUGUUGGACGCCUGCCGAGAACUGGGAGUUAGUAUUGUUGCUUACAGUCCACUCGGACGUGGAUUCUUGACUGGGAGGUUCAAAUCCAUUGACGAUUUCGAAGAAGGAGAUAACCGUCGCAACCAUCCGCGAUUCCAGGGAGAGAACUUCCAAAAGAACUUAGAAAUCGUGCAAAAGAUCGAAGAACUGGCUGAAAAGAAGAAAACCACUCCAUCAGCACUUUGUUUAGCAUGGGUACUCGCUCAGGGCGAAGACUUCAUCACCAUACCUGGAACCAAACGUGUCAAGUACCUUGAAGAGAACUUGAAGGCCUUGGAUGUCACCAUUACAAAUGAAGAUGAUAAAGCUAUCCGAGAUAUUGUUGCUUCGCUUGGCGGAGCCUCAGGAAAUAGAUAUCCGGAAGCCAUGAUGGCAGCGCUCAAUAAGUGA